AUGUCUCCUACAACUGUGCCCUCCCCUACUGUGUCUCCUCCAACUGUGCCCUUCCCUACUGUGCCCUCCCCUACUGUGUCUCCUCCAACUGUGCCCUCCCCUACUGUGUCUCCUCCAACUGUGCCCUUCCCUACUGUGCCCUCCCUUACUGUGUCUCCUACAACUGUGCCCUCCCCUACUGUGUCUCCUCCAACUGUGCCCUUCCCUACUGUGCCCUCCCCUACUGUGUCUCCUCCAACUGUGCCCUCCCCUACUGUGUCUCCUCCAACAGUGCCCUUCCCUACUGUGCCCUCCCCUACUGUGUCUCCUCCAACUGUGCCCUCCCCUACUGUGUCUCCUCCAACUGUGCCCUCCCCUACUGUGUCUCCUCCAACUGUGCCCUUCCCUACUGUGCCCUCCCCUACUGUGUCUCCUCCAACUGUGCCCUCCCCUACUGUGCCUCCUCCAACUGUGCCCUCCCCUACUGUGCCACCUCCAACUGUGCUCUCUCCUACUGUGUCUCCUCCAACUGUGCCCUCUCCUACUGUGCCUCCCUCAACUGUGCCCUCUCCUACUGUGCCUCCUCCAACUGUGCCCUCUCCUACUGUGUUUCCUCCAACUGUGCCCUCUCCUACUGUGCCUCCCUCAACUGUGCCCUCUCCUAGUGUGCCUCCUCCAACUGUGCCCUCUCCUACUGUGUCUCCUCCAACUGUGCCCUCUCCUAUUGUGCCUCCUCCAACUGUGCCCUCUCCUACUGUGCCUCCUCCAAUUGUGCCCUCUCCUACUGUGCCUCCUCCAACUGUGCCCUCUCCUACUGUGCCUCCUCCAAUUGUGCCCUCUCCUACUGUGCCUCCUCCAACUGUGCCCUCUCCUACUGUGUCUCCUCCAACUGUGCCCUCUCCUAUUGUGCUUCCUCCAACUGUGCCCUCUCCUACUGUGUUUCCUCCAACUGUGCCCUCUCCUACUGUGCCUCCCUCAACUGUGCCUCCUCCAACUGUGCCCUCUCCUACUGUGCCUCCUCCAACUGUGCCCUCUCCUACUGUGCCUCCUCCAACUGUGCCCUCCCCUACUGUGUUUCCUCCAACUGUGCCCUCUCCUACUGUGCCUCCUCCAACUGUGCUCUCUCCUACUGUGCCUCCUCCAACUGUGUCCUCUCCUACUGUCUCCUCCAACUGUGACAUCUACUGUGCCUCCAACUGUGCCCUCCCCUACUGUGCCACCUCCAACUGUGCCCUCCCCUACUGUGCCACCUCCAACUGUGCCCUCUCCUACUUGUCUCCUCCAACUGUGCUCUCUCCUACUGUGUCUCCUCCUACUGUGCCUCCUCUAAUUGUGCUCUCUCCUACUGUGCCUCCACCAACUGUGCCCUCUCCUACUGUGCCUCCUCCAACUGUGCCUCCUCCAACUGUGCCCUCUCCUACUGUGCAUCCUCCAACUGUGCCCUCUCCUACUGUGCCACCUCCAACUGUGCCCUCCCCUACUGUGCCACCUCCAACUGUGCCCUCUCCUACUGUGCCUCCUCCAACUGUGCCCUCUCCUACUGUGCCUCCUCCAACUGUGCCCUCUCCUACUGUGCCUCCUCCAACUGUGCCCUCUCCUACUGUGUCUUCUCCAACUGUGCCCUCUCCUACUGUGUCUCCUCCAACUGUGCCCUCUCCUACUGUGCCUCCUCCAACUGUGCCCUCUCCUAUUGUGCUUCCUCCAACUGUGCCCUCUCCUACUGUGUCUCCUCCAACUGUGCCCUCCCCUAUUGUGCCACCUCCAACUGUGCCCUCCCCCUACUGUGCCACCUCCAACUGUGCCCUCUCCUACUGUGCCUCCUCCAACUGUGCCCUCUCCUACUGUGCCUCCUCCAACUGUGCCCUCCCCUACUGUGUUUCCUCCAACUGUGCCCUCUCCUACUGUGCCUCCUCCAACUGUGCCCUCUCCUACUGUGCCUUCUCCAACUGUGCCCUCUCCUACUGUGCCUCCUCCAACUGUGCCCUCCCCUACUGUGUUUCCUCCAACUGUGCCCUCUCCUACUGUGCCUCCUCCAACUGUGCCCUCUCCUACUGUGCCUCCUCCAACUGUGCCCUCUCCUACUGUACCUCCUCCAACUGUGCCCUCUCCUACUGUACCUCCUCCAACUGUGCCCUCUCCUACUGUGCCUCCUCCAACUGUGCCCUCUCCUACUGUACCUCCUCCAACUGUGCCCUCUCCUACUGUGCCUCCUCCAACUGUGCCCUCUCCUACUGUACCUCCUCCAACUGUGCCCUCUCCUACUGUGCCUCCUCCAACUGUGCCCUCUCCUACUGUGCCUCCUCCAACUGUGCCCUCUCCUACUGUACCUCCUCCAACUGUGCCCUCUCCUACUGUACCUCCUCCAACUGUGCCCUCUCCUACUGUGCCUCCUCCAACUGUGCCCUCUCCUACUGUGCCUCCUCCAACUGUGCCCUCUCCUACUGUACCUCCUCCAACUGUGCCCUCUCCUACUGUACCUCCUCCAACUGUGCCCUGUCCCUCUGCGCUUCGUGCAGCUGGGAGCCCACCUACCCUGCACAGAGUGAGCGCAGAGCAUGA